AUGGCGGAAGAGGGCGGUCCCGCGAGUCUCCAGCCAAAGCUGACGGUGAGGAGGAAGCCUGUACCAGGGCGCAGCCUGAGCCUGCCAGAGGAAGGAACGUCGCAGGAGCAACAACAGCAGGAGGAUCAGCACCGGCCAGAACAGCAACCACAACCAUCAAGUCCACAAGAGGAACCCCGGCAAAAUCCACCGGUAGCCGCCGAGACGCAGGCUGCAUUGUUGUCGCCGGGACCGUCUUCUAGGCCAGACGACAAUGCCGCGAACAGACAACGAGCACACACAGUGGCGGUGGCACUGCCGACGCUGUCCACGAGAGCCUCGGAUUCGAUUGCGGACGCAGCCCCCGGCAGGGCCAGCGAAGAUAUAUAUAGCCUUCCACCACCCUACAGGGAUGCCCCUCCGGCAUAUGACGAGGUUGACAGAACGCGGCCGCAGGAUUUCGAGGGCGAGAUCCAGACCACCGACGACAUACCGUCCAACGAAACCCUGAAGAGCAUCGAGAACUAUAUCGUGCUGGAUCGGCAUGGCAGGACGCACCCCUUCAGGUCACUGUAUACGGGACCGAAUGUAGCUCGCCGGGUACUUGUUAUAUUUAUUCGCCAUUUCUUCUGUGGUAAUUGUCAAGAAUAUAUGCGGUCACUAUCCGAACUGGUUACGCCCACCUCUUUGUUACAGCUCCCAGUCAGCACGUUUAUCGUUGUUAUCGGGUGCGGCGACCCUGGUUUGAUUGAGAUGUACGCCAAGGAGACCAAUUGCCAGUUCCCAAUCUACACGGACCCCAAGCGCUUGCUCUUCGAUGCCCUGGGGAUGAGACUGACGCUUGCAAUGGGGACGAAGCCCGCCUACAUGAAGAGGCCCAUGUCUACUUCUGUAUUCAACAGUAUUGGCCAGGCCUUGCGUGCUAUUCCUUCGGGCAUGACGCUCAAAUCUGGCAAUCAGCGGCAGGUGGGAGGGGAGUUCUUGUUCGAGCCCAAAGAGCUGUUGACACCCAUCAGCACACCUACCGAGGAGCAGCCGGACCCGUUCAAAGCCAAGGGACUCAGAGAAUUGGCACAUAAUUACCCACAGCAUGACCAGCAACAGGAAGGGAAUGUCGAGGAGAAAACUGUCACUUGGUGCCAUCGGAUGAGAACGACUCGUGAUCAUUGUGAAGUCCCCGAGCUAAUGGACAUCUUGGGGCUGGAACCCCCACACCAAGAGAGUAAUGGUAAACAACAGUGGGCAGCGGCCUUGGAGAACAGGAAAGGUGUUGGAACGAGCAUGGCUCAGAGGAUGAACGAGAUGAACAGAAGAGAGGAAGAACCUGCGGUAGAGGAUGGGCCAAGAAAUUCGACCGAAUAG